GAGUCCACUCUCCCCUGGAGCGGAGUGGAGCGUUUCCCUUUCCUCCCCCGACCAUCUUUCCGAUCUUUUGGGUUCGCUCCGCUCUGAAAGACGUGAACUUCGAUCUGCGGUCAACAACUGUCAAUAUCGGCCGCACCAUGUCGCAGCCGACUUUCAACGAAUCUCCGUCGUGAUUGCAGAGCGAGACGAUGGACUGGUUUUCCCGCGUCGCCCAUCUCGAGAGGAGAGUGCUCGGCAUUAAUGAGAGCGAGGACGGGAGAAUCGGUUCCGGGCGCGACGAUAGCGACGGGGGUGGCACGCUCAUCAAUUUCAACCCGGUCGAGGACGACAAGAAGUCGGCAUCUCUGUCAGCCCUGGGCAGCACCUUUAUUCCGGUAUUGGUUUACUCGGCCGUUUGCUUUCUCGUCUUCUUUGUCUUCCGCCGGAAAUGCCGCCGCGUCUACGCCCCGAGGACGGUGCCGUCCCUUCGGAUGCCAGAGUAUGUCCCACCCCUGUGAACGACUCUCCCGACUGUCUAAGUCGCUCAUGAAAGAUUGUCGUAGGGACCCAAGCCCUGAGCUCCCUGACGGCUGGUUCAACUGGAUCAAGCCUUUCUUUGCCAUCAAAGACGACUACAUCCUCAACAACUGCUCGCUUGAUAGCUACUUCUUCAUCCGUUUCCUCCAGAGACUCUCCAUUAUUUGUCUUGCCGGGGUCUGCAUCGUCUGGCCUGUCUUGCUGCCCAUCAACGGUACCGGCGGCAGUGGGUUGGCAGAGCUCGAUUCCCUGACGAUUGGAAAUGUUAAAGUUGGCAACAAGCUCUACGCCCAUGUUUUUGUGGCAUGGUGCUUUUUUGGCUUCGUCCUUUACAUGAUCUGCCGCGAGUGCAUCUACUAUGUCAACCUCCGGCAGGCAUAUCUUCUCUCGCCCAACAUCGCGAAGCGGCUGUCCUCCAGGACGGUGCUGUUCACCUGCAUCCCGAAACCUUACGUGGACGAGGCGAAGCUCCGGAAGCUAUUCGGCGACUCGGCAAGGAACGUCUGGAUUGUCAAGGACACAAGUGCCCUGCGCGCCCUUGUUGAGGACCGCGAAGAAACUGCCGACCGUCUCCAGCAAGCAGAGGUGCGAUUAAUCAGAUUAGCAAAUGCCGCGCGCCAGAAGUACAUCAAGAAGAACCCCGGGGCUUCCUGUUUGAAUCCCCACCUCUACGGCGAGGUCAUCUCGUCAAAUGCGUCGCAGAUCGAUCCCGAGAAGGGACAGGGGAUAGAGACGGCCGCCAACCUUGCCCAACCUCAAGCGUCGGCCCCGGAGAGCGUAAGCUCGGAAAAGGAGGCAGACCCGGAGUACACGCACCCAUACGGCCUCGACCCGUCCCUGCCCGAUGUCAGAGGCUCAGUGGCUGCUCUCUGGAUACCAGCCCAAUCGCGGCCACACCAUCGGCCACUCACCAACUUUGGUCGUCGGGUUGACACCAUCCGUUGGACGAGAGCGAGGCUCAAGGUGCUCAACAAAGAGAUUUGGCAGCUCCGCCGGCGGUUUCGCAGAGGGGACGGCUCCUCCCUCAACGCCGCUUUCAUCGAAUUCGACUCGCAGACCAACGCUCAGGCAGGCUUCCAGCUACUAGCUCACCAUCAGCCACUGCACAUGUCGCCCUGCUACAUCGGCCUCCAGCCCGACGAGAUUAUCUGGAGCGCACUGCGGAUCAGAUGGUGGGAGAGGAUCAUGCGCCGCUUCCUGAUGAUGGGUGUCAUCACUGCCGCCAUCAUCUUCUGGUCGAUCCCCGCUGCCGCCGUUGGUAUGAUAAGCAACGUCAAGUCGCUAAGCGAGAUGCUCACCUUCCUCUCCUGGAUCAUGCUCCUCCCCGGCCCCAUCUUGGGUGUCAUUCAGGGCCUGCUGCCGGCCCUGGCGCUGUCGUGGCUCAUGGCUGCCGUGCCCUGGAUGCUCAGAGGCUGCGCCAGGGUCGCCGGCGUGCCCUCCCAUGCGCUGGUCGAACUGUACGUGCAGCACGCGUACUUCUUCUUCCAGGUCCUGCAAGUAUUUCUGAUUACCACGCUUACCUCGGCGGCCUCGGCCGCCGUCUUCGAAGCCAUCCAGAACCCGUUGCAUAUAACAGACAUGCUGUCCGAGAACCUCCCCAAGGCGUCCAACUUCUACCUCUCGUACAUUCUCAUCCAAUGUCUUGCUGCUGGCGCCACGAGGCUUGCCAACUUCGGUGACCUCAUCCAACAUGAGCUUAUCGGAAAGACGACGGCGAAUCCGAAGCGGCGGUUCUAUCGCUGGCGCAAGCUCCGCAGGAUUCAUUGGGGAAGCGAAUUUCCGCGGUUCACCAACCUCGGGGUGAUCGCCAUCAGUUAUUCCUGCAUUGCCUCUCUGAUUCUCGUCUUUGCGGGGCUCGGGAUGUUCUUCAUCAGCUACGUCUACCGCUACAGCUUGAUUUACGUCUGCGACCCUGGCCACGACACCAAAGGGCUCUUUUAUCCCCGCGCCCUGAUGCAGCUCAUGACGGGGCUGUACAUUGCCGAGAUCUGUCUCAUCGGCCUGUUUGCUCUCAAGAAGGCCAUCGGACCGCUCCUCCUGAUGGUCAUGUUCCUAGUCUUCAGCGCGCUCGUGCACAUCUCGCUCAACGAAGCCGUCACGCCGCUCCUCAACAACCUUCCCCGCACACUCGCCUUGGAGAAGGACACUGGCCUCGUUGCCGAAGACGAGCGACCAGGCGACGAUACCGCCCUGCCGACGCCGCUACGGCCCACCGGCAGCCUUGCGGCAGACUACUACAACAUGGCGGACGAGAACUCCGACUCCGAUUCGCUGCCGGGUGGUGCCCACAACGACAACAACGAGGACCACGGCCUUGACACAGAUAUCCAACUCCGUGGUAUCGAAGGUGGCAGCAGCCUCAAAUACCAGCUGACCGAAUGGGCCAAAUCGCGUCUCAAAUCCGCCCUUAACCCUAAGAAGCUCAUCACCACCAAUAACAACAACAACAGCAACAACAGCAACAGCAACGGCAACAGCAGUAGCCAAGGCGACCCCUCAGCCAGCGGACUUACCCGCAUCCUGACGUACAUCAAGCAGUCGAUCACGCCGGACCCGUCGCGGCCGCCGAACGCGCUCCUGACCUUCCUGCACCCGGAGAUCUACCAGUCCUUCCGGGUGCUGCAGCAGCGGGUGGACCCGGGCCCGUCGUCGGCGGAGGCGCUGGAGCUGCCGCGCGACUACGCCAAGCGGGCGUACUGGCCGCCCGAGAUGUGGACGCCGGCGCCGCGGCUGUGGCUGCCGCGGGACGAGGCGCGCGUGUCGCGGCAGGAGGUGGCGCACAACGCCGACUGCGUCGGCGGGGUCAGCGACCGCGCCUGCUGGCUCGUCAUGUCCGAGUCCGACAAGAUGAGGUGGGGGGUCGGGAAGGGCAGGAUCGAGUGCGAGAUGGAGAACAGCCCGCUCUGGGAGGGGGAGAAGAGGUGGAUCUUUUGAUUUGAUUGAUUAGGCAUCUAAUUCUAUAAUUAACGCUUCAUCAUCAAGGCUUGAUAGGAGUACUACCGGGUCCACUAGGAUUUGUAUGGUCGGCGUUUGGGUAAAAGUGAGGGCCAAGAUUGUGGAGGGAUAAUACAUACAUCGCGAAGCAGCAAUGAUAGGACCGGCUUGUCUGUGGCAUGCCUGGUUAGUCAGAUUCGUUUCUCCACUAAUGUCACCAUCUUGUAUGUACAUAUAUACGACGGCGGCUGACCUUUACACUAG